CUGGCACCCUUCUGCCAGACUCCACUGACGAUGGAGUUUGGUAGGAGGAUAUGGUUACAAGAAUGGGCUUUCCUUUUAGCGCUUUGCUAUACCCAUCAGAUAGUUUCAUCUGAGGUGAAAAUCAUCCAGCAAACAUCAACAAAUCCAGUAAUAACACCUUCCAACCCUGCUCACAAUGGCCGUGUAUGCAGCACAUGGGGCAACUUUCACUUCAAGACUUUUGAUGGAGACAUCUUCUACUACCCUGGGCUCUGUAAUUACGUUUUUGCAUCCCAUUGCAACACUGCCUAUGAAGAGUUUAACAUCCAGAUUAGGCGUACCCUGGUGGAAAAUAUUCCUACAAUCCACCGCAUCGCCAUAAAACUUGAAGGUGUAGCUGUUGAGCUAACAAAGGAUGUUGUCCUGAUCAACAGCAACAGAGUUCAACUGCCAUACAGUCAAGCUGGAAUUACUAUAGAGAGAAGCAGCAUUUAUGUGAAAGUUGUCAGCAAAGCGGAUAUUGUAUUUAUGUGGAAUCAGCGUGACAGUAUCUUGUUAGAACUGCAUGAGAAAUAUGCCAAUCAGACCUGUGGUCUUUGUGGGGACUUCAACGGCAUUCCAGUUUACAAUGAGUUCUAUUCAAACAAUAUCAGAAUGACAGCCUUACAGUUUGGGAAUAUGCAGAAAAUGGAUGGGCCAACAGAGUACUGUGAAGACCCAAUUCCUUCUCCACCAGAUAAUUGCACAAAUAACUUUGAUGACAUAUGUCAGAAAACAUUGACCAGCUUUGCAUUUGCAGACUGUAAUGGCCUAGUUAAUGUUAGUGAGUACAUUAUGGCUUGCCAAGAAGACUUGUGCCGCUCUGAAGAGUUAAAAAACGCCUCAUGUAUCUGUGAUACUAUUGCUGAAUACUCCCGGCAGUGUGCUCAUGCUGGUGGGGAACCUUUGAACUGGAGAACCUCAAAACUGUGCCCCAAGACAUGUCCUUACAACAUGCAGUAUUCGGAGUGCAGAUCCCCCUGCACUGACACAUGCACUAAUCCUGAACGAUCUCAGUUUUGUGAAGAGCACUGUAUGGAUGGUUGUUUCUGUCCCCAAGGCAAGUUCUAA